CAUACCUCAAAGGAUUGCCAUGCUACUUGAACAAUUUUAAGAAAAUCUGAGUGCCCCAACCAAAGCUUCUGAAAACGGACCCCCUCUCUCUCUCUCUCUGGUUUGAAUUAGGUUUUCUUCAGGAGCUCAGUGGAAGAAUCGGAGCAAGCCACAAUGGAAGUCGCGAAUCCUAUUCCAAUUCCAUAUGUGCCGCCGAGAAUUGCAUGUCCCGACACUGGAGUCACUAUCCAGACCUACCAGGUGUCUAAUGUUGAUAUGAGAACCUACUCCAAAUUUCGCUCUGAGUAUGAUGUGGCAGCAGAAGAGUGUAUUGGGGCUGGCGCAUUCGGCGUUGUCGUUCGAUGCAAGAACCUGAUAGACAACCAAACCUAUGCCAUAAAGAAAAUAUUAAUUGGUAACAGGGGCAAUAUUGAUGAAUAUGGCAACUAUAGAGACCUAUUAAGGUAGCAAGGUUAAGCUACAAUUU